GGGCUGACAGCCAAGUGUGACUCCCGCAGGCCAGGCCCCCAGGAGCCCGGCUGGCUUGGCUCGGGCACACACGGACCAUGAAGUACCCUCUGGUGCCACUGGUGAACAACUUCACAUUUUCUUUCCUGGUUUUCUGGCUCUGCCUGCCCGUGAGUUUACUGUUGCUCCUGUUGAUUGUCUGGCUACGUUUCUUACUUAGCCAAGACCCAGAGGAGAAUACCGCAGAACUGUGCAUCGACUGGGAGCCCUGGAGCCAAGGUCCAGUCGAGUUCCUCUGGGAGGAGACCCUGCAGGACCUUGAAGAACACAGCAUCUCCUGGUGA